AAUCGGGUUUAUUCAGGAAACAGCGAAACAACGACGAUUGAUCCGGGAAACCCUAAAUCUCGAUCUGGAUCAUGGUAUUAGGUUCUUGAUUCAGGGGACAUUGGGUUUAUCUUUCUCUAGACCGACUAUCGUCGGGAGUGUAUUCUCGUCUUAUAGCGAUCCGCAGGGGAAGAGGAAGAAAAUGUCGGCGUACGACAAUGUCGUGGUCGGAAAACUGAAGCUGAAAGGUAUGCCGCUUGACUUGAAGUUAAGUGGAGUUCAGAAGAAGAACAAGAAGAGGAUGCACUAUUCUCCCCCCGCAGGCGGCGGCAAUGAGAACGCUGCAGGUGACAAUACUACGCUGUCCAAGCACAACGGAGACAACGAGGAAUUCAUCCGUGGCGACCACCUCACGCCAGCGGAAAGGAGGUAUCUUGAGCAAACACAGAAAUUAGAGCCACAGAAACUGGCUAAGAUGGCGAGAAAGUCACACCGUGACAGGAUCCACGAGUUCAACCAAUGCCUAGCCAAUCUAACCGAGCAUUACGACAUCCCUAAGGUCGGUCCUGGCUAAUUGGACCCUCCCCGGUACGGUAGGAUAUGAAGAGACCAUUUGCACCAAUGAAGGCGGUGGAUAUGUAGGAAGUGAUUGCUGACAUCAUAGAGAAGAUCAAAUGGGAAAUGUACUAAACAGGGAAAGGAUUCUACUUGUGCAGCAUCUUGUUUCUACCUCGGCCUAACCAAGUAGGCUUUUAAACAGACUUCCUGAAGCAACUACAAGACUUGUUCUUUUGUAAGCUAAAAAAAAUACAGGUUUGAAGUGCUUUUUUGGUUUUAUGUAGAUUUGUGAUACUUUGACUAAAUUGGCUGAUUGAAUGUGAUCCUUGCCGUUCGGGGUUA